CGUGAGGAAGAUCAGUAGAGAGCGCACUCAACUUCGCCAAAUCGCCGAUAAUGGCCGACGCGGCCACCACCCCGCUGCUGACGAGCCAUGAAGCAAAGCCGGCCAAGGCACUGUCCAUCGACGACGCCAUCGAGACGUACAUCGGCGCCACCGGCGCCCGCCAGCUGCUCACGGCCAUGUUGCUGGCCUUCGCUUGGGCUUUCGAGGCGCAGCAGGUGUUCAUGUCCGUGUUCACGGACGCGGAGCCCACAUGGCACUGCACCGGCGUCGCGGCCGGCGACCCCGGCUCGUUCUGCUCGCUGGCGGCCGCUUCGGCUUCGGCUUCGGCGUGCGCGCUCCCGCCCGGCACGUGGGAGUGGGACCGCCCGGCCGAGACGUCGGUGGUGUCGGAGUGGGCGCUCAAGUGCGGCGGCGGCGGCCCGGCGCUCGUCUCCCUCCCGGCGUCGUCGUUCUUCGCCGGCAACCUCGCCGGGGGCUUCCUGCUCACGACGCUCGCCGACACUCUCCUGGGACGAAGGAAGAUGCUCGUCCUGUCACUGGUGACCAUGUCCGUCGCCGGCGUGCUCACGGUCUUCUCGCCGAACGUGUGGGUGUACGCCGCCCUGCGGUUCGUGUGCGGGUUCUGCAGAUCCACGGCGGGCACGUCCGCGAUGGUCCUGUCCACGGAGCUCGUCGGGAAGUGGUGGCGCAACACGGUGAGCGUCGCCGCGUUCGUCUUCUUCUCCGUCGGGUUCAUGUCACUCCCGGCGCUCGCGUACACGCUCCGCGAGGCGUCGUGGCGGAACAUGUACGUGUGGACGUCGCUCCCGUCCCUCUGCUACGCCGUCCUCCUCUACUUCCUCGUCCAGGAGUCGCCGCGGUGGCUGCUGGUGCGCGGACGGAAGCAGGAGGCCAUCGCGGCGUUGCGGCAGAUCGCGUCGCUCAACGGCGGCGAAGGCAUUACAACGUCGAGCUUCACCAAGCUGGAAACGUGCGCCGGGGAGGUCGGGGACGGCGUGGCCGGCGGCGAGGGCAUGUUCUCCACGCUGCGGUCGAUAUGUGAGCGGCGGUGGGCGCUCCGGAGGCUGGCGGCGAUCACGACGGCCACCUUCGGCGUCGGCGUGGUCUACUACGGGAUGCCGCUCAGCGUGGGCAGCCUGAGCUCCGACCUCUACCUGAGCGUGGCGUACAACGCGGCGGCCGAGCUCCCGUCGUCCGUCCUCUCGUGGCUCCUCAUGGGCAGGUUCAACCGGCGCAGCUCGCUGGUCGCGCUCACCGCGGCGUCCGGGCUGUGCAGCCUCGCGUGCGUCGUCAUCCCGGACCCGGAGGCCGGCGCCGGCGGCUCGCACUUGCGCCUCGCCGCCGAGCUGGCCUCCUUCUUCGCGUCGUGCGCGGCGUACGACGUGCUGCUCAUGUACUCGAUCGAGCUGUUCCCGACGUCGGUGCGCAACUCGGCGGUGGGGCUGGUGCGGCAGGCGGGGGUGCUGGGCGGCGUGGUGGCGCCCAUGCUCGUCGCGCUCGGCCGCGAGAGGAGCUACUGGUCGUUCGGCGUGUUCGGGCUCACCGUCGGCUGCCUCGGGCUGUUCGUCACCUUCCUGCCGGAGACGAAGGGGAGGAGGUUGUCGGACACCAUGGAGGAUGAGGAGGAGGCCGCCGCCGUCUUGUCUGGAGGAUAAGGCUAUGGCGCGAGCGACAUGGAUAACAACGGGGAGCUCGUGUAGAUGACUUUCAGUGACAGCGAUGAUGGCGACUUACUGGAUUAGGAUUCGUGAUUAGAGCCGGUGUGGGGGAGGGAUUGGGCAUAGAGAGAUGGCUGGAGCGGCGAUAAUGAUGGUCCAAAUGGAGGGGCAUCACCUGGAGAUGGAUUCUAAUCACUCGAGUGGAUGUCCACCUAUUUAUUAUAUGUCAAUUAAAUAUUUAAAAUUUAAAAAAAUUGACAAGAUAGAUCUAUAUAUAGUAUAUCACUCCACAAACAUGCAAGUU